AUGCGGCCAAGACUGACCUAUUGCAUAGCCGUCGGCUCAUCUCUCAUCCGACUGCUCACAACCGCUUCUCGCUGCCAUUGGCCAGCUGGCGAGACCUUCGCCGCCUCAUCUCCGCCCUCGACUCACCUCGCCCUGCCAACGGCACACAGUCGCAAAUCGCUCACUGGCGUGACUCGUUCGCUGACUCGGUCACAGGCCCGCAAGCACACACGCCACCACACCAACGCGACUCCGUCAGCUCAUGCUGGCAGACAGACAGGCAGACGUCGCAACCUCACAACCGUGCAACCGUGCAACCGUGCAACCGUGCGACCUGUCAACAACUCAACCACGCAACUCGCCGCCAUGAUUAAAUGUCUCGUUAAUUCAUACGUCAGGCCCACAUUCCGCGCUGAGGCACCACUCCCAAACGGCCGGGCACUAGAGCGAGCAUAUAGGCCAAUCGAGUGA